CUUCCGCCCUGUUGAGAAGUGGGUGUCUCUGUGGUCUUGGGGAGCUGUCCCUCCCCAGGAGUCCCUUGAAGGACACAUUGUCAAUGCAGGAAGCAGCCAGAUGAGGACAGCCCUGCUGAAGUGAAGCACCUGGACCAGAUGAUGGCUGUGGCCUCACCUCCGCCAGAGCAGGAAGACCUCCUGAUUGUGAAGCUGGAGGAGGACUCGUGGGGAUCAGACUCCCGACCCGAGAAGGAGAGCCACAGCCCCAUCCCCGGCCCUGAGGUUUCCCGCCGGUGUUUCAGGCAGUUCCGGUACCGGGAUGCAGCUGGACCCCAUGAGGCCUUCAGCCAGCUCUGGGCUCUCUGCUGUCGUUGGCUGAGACCUGAGCUUCGCCUCAAAGAACAGAUCCUGGAACUGUUGGUGCUGGAGCAGUUCCUGUCCAUCUUACCCAGGGAAGUGCAGACCUGGGUGGAGGCACGACACCCUGAGAGCGGAGAGGAGGCAGUGGCCCUGGUGGAGGAUUGGCACCGAGAGGCCUGGGCUGCCGGACAGCAGGGACUGGAGCUAUGUGCUGAAGACUCCAGGUCCUUUGAAGCAGUUCAGGAGUUCCAGAGGUUCCAGCGGCAGCCAGUGACCCAUGGCUCUGAGGGACAGCCCCGGAAACAGUGGGUGGAGAAUACACGUCCUGACCUUUCCAAGAUGCCACCGGAGUCCUUGAAAGAGAGUACUGGCCUCACACCCCAAGCCCCAACUGUUCCAAAGAUGGCGAGCAUUGGAGACUGGGAGGUGACAGGCAAGUCCCAGGAAACCCCGAGCCCCAGUAGACAAGCCAAGAAGGAGCCCUGCCAGGACCCCGCAGGAGGUGAUCGUGGGGACAGUGCGUGCCUGGGAGUUCCAGCUUCAAAGCCAAGUGUUACCUCCCAGCAAGAGCAAGGACCGGAGAUUUGGGGUCUGAGCCCUAUACAUUCUGGGGAUGGGAGUGCUGCGGACGAUAGCCUGGACAGUGAGCAAGACAAGCCAGUGCAGGCAGCGGCCCAGGCAGACUCAAGGGCCUGGGAAGAGCCAUGCCAGUGGGGUGCGGAGGACAUGAAGGUGUCAGGUGUUCACUGGGGCUAUGAGGAAACCAAGACUUUCCUGGCCAUCUUAAGUGAGUCCCCUUUCUCUGAAAAGCUCCGGACUUGUCACCAGAACCGCCAGGUAUACCGGGCUAUCGCAGAGCGGCUCAGGGCACGGGGCUUCUUGCGGACUUUGGAGCAGUGUCGCUACAGGGUCAAAAACCUUCUCCGGAACUACCGGAAAGCCAAGAACAGCCAUCCACCAGGGACCUGCCCCUUCUAUGAGGAGCUGGAGGCCCUUGUGAGGGCUCGGACAGCCAUCAGAAGAACCACAAGUGGGCCAGGAGAGGCAGUGGCACUCCCCAGGCUGGGUGACAGCGACACUGAGAUGGAUGACCAAGACGAAGGGAGCUGGGAGCCCGAGGAGACCACGGAAGACUGCAGUGGUUCUGGCCUGGCCGCUGAGGAGUCUCUUCAGGGGUCCAGGAUUGCAGGGGCCCCAGCUCUGCUCCAGAGCCGUAUUGGCGUGCACUGGGGCUUCGAAGAGACCAAGGUCUUUCUGGCAAUUCUCAGCGAGUCCCCCUUCGCCGAAAAGCUUCGCACUUGUCACCAAAACAGCCAGAUAUACCGGGCCAUCGCGGAGCGGCUGCGCGCUCUGGGUUUCCUGCGGACGCUGGAACAGUGCCGCUACCGAUUCAAGAACCUUCUUCGAAGCUACAGGAAAGCCAAGAGCAGCCGUCCACCAGGAACCUGCCCGUUCUAUGAGGAGAUGGACUCACUGAUGAGGGCUCGGACUGUGAUCAGAGCCAUGGAGAUGGUAGGAGAAGCCACAGGUCUUCCUGGAUCUGAGCAGAGUGGUACUGAGGCUGAUGACCAAGAGGCCUGGGGUGAGAUGGAAGAUGAGGAUGCCGUUAGACUUCUGACUCCAGACCCCCAGCCUCCAGAUGCAGGGUUUGAGUUCAAGCAUGAGGAUGAAGACCAGAUUUCAGAGCGGGAUGUUUUGGGGGAUUUGCCUGGAGCCUUAUCAAGAUAUACCACCAAAGCCGUUUGCCAGCCUCAUGACUGGGGGGAGGACCAUGUGAACGGAAAGGAAGGGGAGUGGAGGAACACCCUCCCAUGGGAAGAGUGCUCCUCUGAGGAGGACUUAGAAAAACUCAUUGACCACCAAGGCCUGUACCUCACAGAGAAACCCUACAAAUGUGACACACGUGUGAAAAGCUUCAGUCGGAAAGUGCAUUUCUUUGCCCCCCAGCAGAUCCAUUCAAGUGAGAAAUCUUACAAGUGUCUUGGCUCUGGAAAGAGUUUUAGUGAUCGUGCCAACCUCAAUACCCACCAGAGAAUCCAUAUUGGAGAGAAGCCGUACAGAUGCCUGGAGUGUGGGAAGAGCUUCAAUGACCCCUCUAACCUCAUCUCCCACCAGAGAACCCACACAGGGGAAAAGCCCUAUAAAUGUGGGCUGUGUUGGAAAAGCUUUAACCAGAGCUCAAACCUACUGAAACAUCAGCGGGUCCACUUGGGAGGAACUCACGACCAGCAGAAUGAGCCCGGGGAGAACUUUGGCCAAAGUCUAUCAUGCAGUGCUUACUGGAGAAAUUCUACACAGGAGAGACCUAAAGAACCUCAGAAUAUCAGCAUGGGUGCGGACUCUCCCGAAGCCUGUCACCCUAACUCCGGGGAGAAGCCGUACGCAUGCCCUGAGUGUGGAAGGUGCUUCUCUAAGAGCUCUGCCCUCAUGAGUCACCAAAGAAUCCACACUGGCGAGAAGCCGUACGAGUGUGCCGUGUGUGGGAAAAGCUUCAGUAAGAGCUCUAGCCUGGCUAACCACCGACGGACUCACACCGGCGAGAAGCAGCACAAGUGUGCGGACUGCGGGAAGUGCUUCAGCGAGCGUUCCAAGCUCGUCACCCACCAGAGGGUCCACACGGGAGAGAAGCCCUUCGAAUGCCCCGAGUGUGGCAAGUUCUUCCGAGACCGCUCCAACCUCAUCACCCACCAGAGGAUUCACACGGGAGAGAAGCCGUACAAGUGCAGAGAGUGUGGGAAAUGCUUCAACCAGAGCUCCAGCCUCAUCAUCCACCAGAGGAUUCACACCGGGGAGAAACCCUACAAGUGCACAGAAUGCGGCAAAGACUUCAACAACAGCUCCCACUUCAGCGCCCACCGCAGAACCCACGCGGGAGGGAAAGCACUGUAGGCAACACCUCCUCCUCCUCCUGACAGAAGCAGCAAUAAUGUGUAUCUAUACCUCCCAUGUUCCCAAAACACGCCAGAAAGAAACCUUCUGAUGUUUAAGCUUGGUGUAAAUCUAGAGGUGCCAUCUUUGUAAAAUUCGGGUAGUUUGGAAGGGAAUUUCAACGACUAAGGAUUUGAGGUUUGAAGGUACUUCCAAGUGUAAUUUGGCUUGCACACCCCCAACACACACAUAGAAUCCUUAGGCUGUCCUUACAAAUGCUGUCACUUGAGAGCUUAGUCUGAGGCAGAUGGGUGAGGUUGGGGUUAGAGUUGAAUCUGUGGCCCAACAACAUAUUGAUUCCUGUUUCUUCCUGUGCCUUUUCUGCCCUUCCCAUAGAAAACAGUUCUUGUUCUUCUUGGUAGUUUGCAGUUGGAGCAAAUCCUCACAGGGAAACCUUGAAACCUUACAGUGAGAGGAGGUGUAGACUGAGAACUAGUACCUGGGGUACCCCACCUUGAGGUCAGCAGCAAGUGAGACCACAGCGAGAUCAUUACUAAUAGCAGAAAUAGCUGUUCAUUGAACAUUUGCUCUUUGGCAGCCCGUGUGCCAAGCGCCUUAUGUAUCAUCCUAUUUAAUCCUCAAAGUAGUCCCAGCGUAGAAAAUGGAGGAGGCACAAUUCAUCAAGACUCGUGUGUCCCUAGAGCCUGAGGGGCUGUGUGCUCUCCCGAGUCCUCUUACAUGAGGGCAUUAAUGAACUCCCCGCCUUUUACAAGUACAGAAGUUGAGAGUUCCUGCAGAUGAGAGGAUUUGGGACGUUCAGAAUUGGUGAGGCACUUGGUGUGAGACUGGGUUGUUAGCAGAGCAAUGGUGGGAGUCACCAUCUUUAUAGAGUAAUAGGGGUGAGCGAGGUAGGUAGAUGGAGAUGGGUGUGACUUGCAUCGAGAUCGUGCUUUGGCUAAGAAGUGGGUUGAAGAUUCCUUUCUCAGGUCAGUCCUGCUUCUCUGUACCUGUGGCUGAGCACAGGUGACCACGUCUUCCCAAACUGGACAUCCCUGUGCUCAGUCAUGCCUGCCUUUUGUCCUCUCUGGCUCAGUUUCUUCAUUUCCAAUCCCAAUGCCUGAGGAGCUGAUCUUCUACUGAGAGGGUUCCAUGUUCUAGGUUCAUGACACCAUUUGAGCUUGAGCCCUCUUGUCCUAAGCUGCCCCGUGUGGUCUCUCAGACCAGCCACUCCCAUGACAGGCCACAGCAGGGAGGUCCAUACACAGUGCUUUUCUUGCUUGUAGCACUUUGGCCUCCAUAGUUUUUCUUAGGGUUUAAAGACACUGAAUAAGGACUUUGGCUUUCUAUGUGUGACCUUAGAAUGCCACUUGUAUCCCAGUUACUUCUGGGCUCUGGCAAGUAUUGAUCAGAGAAUAGCUGUGAAGAACUUUGAAGAAUGGAACGUUCUAUUUGUAUGUGAGAAAGUAGGUGGAAGCUCUUGCCAUCCUCUCUGAAGGGGGCUGCUCCCUAGCCUUCUUGUACCAGAGCCUCCUUUCCAGGAACCAGUCCACUGGAGGCUACUUUCUGUCAACUCUCUUCAGCUUGCCUUUCCUGGCUCAUCAUACCUCUGAGGAUCAGGGGUGGGUCAUGGGGUGAGCCCUGACUAAAGAUCAGAAAAAUGUCAGUUACUGCAAUAAGAAGAUACGUAGAAUACCCUGGGUCUGAAAGGAAGGGUCCUGAAGGAGAGAAGAACAUUCUAGAGAAAGUUACCAAGGUAUGAAAGACCUGGGUUCUAGGUGAAGGUAGAGGCCCACGUUUGUAGCCUGGGCUAAGGGGACUGGGAUGGUGGGAGGGUGGCAUCCAGGAUUACACAGGUGCUGAGACCAGGUCAUUCUGGGCGCAGCAACGCCUUAGGCUCUUUCCUUUCACAAAUUGGAAGCUCUUCCAAUUGGGUGGGCCCUUAAUGGUGCUAAUCUCUAUUGAUUCCAGCCUCACAUUCAGCACAUGCCUUAGCUGUAAUUAAAUUGCCUAGUGCUUUUUUUCUCUCCAAACUGUACAUUUUGUAGUUCUUUCUGUCUCACUUGCGGUUUUUGAUUGCAGACCCACAUAAGAGUUAUUGGUACUAACUAUGCCACCGGCAUAA